AUGCACCAACCCACUAAACCCAUCGGCCAGCGCAAGGUCUCGCCGCCGAGACCGAGCUAUAUGAAUAGCGACCAGAUGGCAAGUUACCUGAAAGACCUCCGAACCAACCGUCCAGCCCGGCCAACUGGCUCGCGACCGUAUCCGGGUAAACAAGUGGCAUCGUCGACCAACACCGAGGCGGAUCUGCCUCCCCGUGCCUCCUCCGCGUUUUCCAUGUAUCCGACCUCGGACAGCCCUCCCAAGGAAAAACCUCGCAGCGGCAGUGCCAUGUCUCAUCGUCGUACACAUUCCAACGCUGCUGACGCCGGCCCCACAGGUCGACCACUCGUACAAGAACCUCGAUCAGUGUCGGUGCGAAGGACUGCGUUCCCUUCUCAAGUCUUCUCGCGCCCGGUGCCUGCAUCGCCCAGUCCAUCAUUUGGUUCUUAUCGGGAAAAUAAGCAGCGACAUCAAGAGAAAGAGGAGGCACAAAAGCUGCGAGAUGCAUUACAAGAGCUCGACUUGGAAGACGACAUUCGACUACAUCAGGCAGCUCAGGAUGAGGCAACGGAAUUGGUAUGGAUGCAUCAACACCCUGGUGUGGAAUUCAAAAAUCCAUAUGCUCCGUAUCGCAAUCCAGACGUUACAGACAAUGACCAAUCCGGAAGAGAGAUGAUGCCGCGACCUUUGUCAUUGAAGCAUCGCGAUUCCGUUACCUCGAGUACGUCCUCAACUAGUCCACCGAGCGUGCCCUCUAGUCCCGAAUUUACGAGACGCAAAUCGGCCUCGUCGGGAAGACGGCGCUCGUCGCUCGCAGGCAUGGUGAAGAAGAAUCUGAGAGUCAACUUCGCUCUGCCCGAAGAGAAAGAAGAACAAGAACAACAACCAGAAGGGGAUAAGCGGCAAGAGAGAGAAGAGGCUCCUGCGCUCAAGCCUCGAUCAGUGAGUGGUGACUCGUCCAAGGGUGUCUUUCGAAAUCCUGAAGAUCACAUCUAUGAAGAGCCGCCGCAAGCUACUGAGACGAAGCCUGAUCUUUCCAAGUCGGAUUCGUCUGCUCUGCGAAGCAAAUCACGAAGUGCCCUGCCGCGUUUCGGUAAGCCACUUCCUUGGUUGCAGAACCGUGGCGCCAAUGGUGCGGUGCGCGACAAAAUUUCCAAAUUCGAUAUCCACAAGAAUUCACCAACUCAAUCACACAAUCCAUCCUACACCCACAACAACUCGUCGCCUUCACCGCCACGAAGGAAUGACGUGGAGGUUCCAAUGAAAGACGGUAAAGAGAUUCGUAGCGAUGAGAUACGCGCUGCGACGAGCAAGAAGCUCAAAGAUCGAAGUCAAAAAUUGCCCAUGCCCUCCGCGGUCAGUGACCGUGUUGGUCGACCUAUUGUGAGCUUCGAUCCGAAGUGGCGGCCGGGCGACCAGCCACGACCCCAUUCAACUUCCGCACCUGUUGUCCCUCCUGUGCCUAGUAUCAAAAUAGCCCCUAGUAUCGAGAUCUCGGAGGCAGAGACAUCACCUUCGAUCCCGGUCAUCAAUGUCCCUGAUGUCAAAGAGCCAACGAUCUCAGAGAUGCCCCAGCCCGUCCGCCAGCCAACCUCGACGGUACAAGCCAAGCGCGCGGCUUUUGAAAAGAGUCAGGACCAUCAGCAGCCGGCAAAACGGCCGACAGCAGCGAUGAACAGUCGCGCAUACACGCCAUAUUCUCGAUCAGGCAUCCCAACCGCACGCUGCGAGGCGUGCUCGCUUCCGAUUUCGGGCAAAAUUGUCACAGCGGGAGGAUCGCGCUUCCACCCGGAGUGCUUCACUUGUCAUCAUUGUCAAACGGGUCUUGAAUGCGUGGCUUUCUAUGAGGAGCCCGAAGCUUCUCGGAAUGAACGACUAGCUAAUGCUUCGGAUGAUGAAUCGCGCGUGCCCCGAUUCUACUGCCAUUUGGAUUUCCAUGAAUUUUUCAGUCCCCGCUGUAAGAGCUGCAAGACUCCGAUUGAGGGCGAGGUUGUAGUCGCAUGCGGCGCAGAAUGGCAUGUUGGCCACUUCUUCUGCGCAGAGUGCGGUGAUCCCUUCAGUUCAACGACACCCUUUGUGGAAAAGGACGGGUUUGCAUGGUGUCUACGAUGCCAUGGUCGUCGAACCGCACCUCGAUGCUUAGGUUGCAAACAGCAUGUCCUCGAUGACCUCGUCAUCUCCGCCAUCGGUGGACAAUGGCACGAGCAGUGCUUUGUCUGCCACGAGUGUGGUGAUGGAUUUGGACCCGAGGGCCGCUUCUUCGUCCGUGAAGGCGAGCCCAAAAGAACCGCCAAGGGUCGUAUCAUCGGCGGGCCCGUUCAAUUAGCUGUUUGUGAACGAUGUGAGGGUAUUCGCCUGCGGGCACCUGGAAUGUGCUGA